CGUCCCGGAUGAAGCCACAGUCGGGGCUUCCGGCUCAGGCCGGAAGCGUGCAUGCCCCGCCCCCUCAGACCCCGCCCCCUCGCGACGUCAGCGCGCCUCAGCCCUGUGGUGCCACUUUUACCAGUGCGCCCCGAACAUCUCUAGUUAGGGUGCGGCUGGAGACUGCGGAGGCACUGGUGUUGAGGCGACGCUUCAGGUGGGCUGGCGCCUGGGCCUGGUCGCUUCAGCCGUCCUCAAAGCCUCGCCCCCGGUGCUUCGCCCUCCGCUCUGAACGCCCAGUCGUUCCUCAGAGAGCGCCGCAGCGAUCAGCCGACCGCCAUCCCCCGCGCGCCUCUGCGCAGCCCCGGUAUCCCUCUCGACUGUCCCCAUCCGAGCGGAGGAGAGGCCACCCUCUCGCUCCUUGGCCUGGCCUCCCGGGAAGAAUCGGGAGCGGACCCUGGCGCCUCGGCCGCCGGCGAUGGACACAGACGCGGACAAUUAGAUGACGGCGGGGGGAAGCGGGACCCCGCCGUCCGCUGCGGGGCGCCCGAGGCGGAGAGAGGCCCUUCUGAACUCCGGAUGUUGACGAGACUUAACUAGGGUACCACGGAGGAGUACUGUGAACUGCGGUGGCAUCAGUGGCCUGGAGAAAUUGGCAUUUAAAUCUGUUGUUUUGGGCACCAUGACGCUGAGGCUCUUGGAAGACUGGUGUAAAGGGAUGGAUAUGAACCCUCGGAAAGCUCCGUUGAUUGCCGACAUCCCCCAGACCCGUAACGUGGCGGAAAUCGAGGAGGCCCUACUAGCUGGUUUAGCUCCCUUGGGCGAGUACCGACUGCUCGGGAGGACGUUCCGGAGGGACAAGAACAGGAAGGUAGCCUUAAUAGGGCUUACUGAGGAGACUAGUCAUGCUCUGGUCCCCAAGGAAAAAGGGGGUGCCUGAAGAGUGAUCUUUAAGCCCCCUGACCCAGAUAAUGAAUUUUUAAGCAGAUUAAAUGAAUUCUUAGAGGGAGAGGGCAUGACACUGUGUGAGUUUACCAGAGCUCUGGGAUAUGGAAACGACACUUUUGGCCUAGACCAGGACAUGAUCCCAGAAAUGCGGGCCCCUGUGUUGGCACAGGCAUUAGGUGAGGCCCUUCAGCCUGCUCUGCAAUACUUGGAAUACAAAAAGCUGAGAGUAUUCUCAGGCAGUGAUCCUCCGGAACCAGAGGAAGAAGAAUUUGAAUCCUGGCUGUUUCAUACCACUCAAAUGAUGAAGACAUGGUAGGUAUCAGAUGCCGAGAAGAGAAGGAGACGGCUAGAGAGCCUUAGAGGCCCAGCAUCUGAUAUUAUUCGUGUCCUCAAGAUAAACAAUCCGUUAAUUACAGUUCCUGAAUGCUUGCAGGCUCUUGAGCAGGUGUUUGGGGUUAUCGAUAAUCCUAGGGAGUUGCAGGUCAAAUAUCUGACUACUUACCAAAAGGAUGAAGAAAAAUUGUCUGCUUACGUGCCAAGGCUGGAGCCUUUAUUACAGAAACUGGUAGAGAGAGGUGUAAUUGAGCGAGAAGUUGUGAAUCAGGCCCACCUAGACCAAAUCAUUGCUGGAGCAGUCCCCAGAACCCCGCGUGGGAAGUUUGCUCUGUCAGAGGAUGGCUCAGCCCCUGGCUUAUUGCAGUUACUGACACUGAUAAAGGAUGAAGAGGCAGCUGAGGAGGAGGACCUUCUCCAGGCAGGAUUAGAGGGCCUUUUCACCUGAAUCUUGGAAUCAGGAAGGGCUCCCUGGCAAUGAGCAGAGCAUGAAGGUAGAACAGUCCAUAUACCCAGUGAUAGACAUUAACCAAUCCCUGCCUUGUGCUGCCAAGUAACUCAUUUUUGUGCAGUUCUCAGUAUAAUCCUUCGUCAUUUCUGUGCCUAUUUAAUGUCUCCUAAAUGUGUCAUUGACUAGGAGGAUAUAGUUCUGCACUGGUAUUUAUAUAUUUAAAUUCACCCUGUGAAUUUUUUUUUAUCACGCACAGCUGUACAGAAAGUGUAAGCACUACACGUGUGUAGUACUUUGAGAGAACAGGUAAGGCUCAGGUACACAUGCUGGCCAGAUCUCCUUGAGCUGUCAGCUUGGGGGAUAAUAGGUGCAAGUGUAGCUGUCAGAUGUGAUAAUGUAUCGUAGUUUCUCUUUUUUUGUUUAUUUGUUUAUGUUAACAUAGUUUACAAUGUGUUAGAUUCUGGUGAAUAGCAAAGUGAUUCAGUUAUGUAUAGAUUCUUUUCCAUUAUAAAUUAUUACAAGACA